AUGCAUGUUACAGUCGCGGCGUCGCACGGCAAAUACAGACGUGGAUCUGUCGUGGACGUGUGCGAGGCCGUCGCGCGCACGGGGUGGCGCGGGGUGUGCUCGUACGAGGUGUUCUACGAGCCCGACAUGCGCAAACCCGACGCGGAGGUGCCGCGCCGGUGGGCGAACGCCGCGCAGGAGAGCCACAAGCGCACCUUGAGCGAGUUGGCGGCGAGGGGGCUGGUGUGA